UUACUAUUGACCGAGCACGGCUGGCCUGGAACAGUCAGUCGGCACCGAGCCGUUGUCGAGUGAGGGUCGUGUCUAUAACUUCUAUCUCGUGCCAUCCCUCUUUUAUUCUCUCUCUGACAUUUUACCAAGUUACACAACAAUCAUUUUGACCAACACAACAAAAAGUUAAAACAAUUUUUCGGACAUUGUCAAUUGGUUCGUCUGAAAGUUGUCGAUCAAUCCGUGAGUUCUUUCCAUCGAUAAAACAUUCGCACAAGGAGUGUGACUCUGUUUUUUUCAACCGUUCUGUUUCUUUUUAUUGAAAUUUGUUUCUCGCCAAGAUUUUUACCGCUUAUGUGGUUCGACCAUGCCAAUAGUCGAUGACUGGCCCGUUCGGGAUUGAAAAAAGUUCGUUUUUUUUUUUUUGUUUUGUUUUUCGUUUGGUUCCGGCGUGUGUGUUUUUUAGUGUGUGAGUGUGGCCGUGUUGUGCACCGUGAAUUUUAAGGAAGGGCAAGACACCGGCAAUAUUAUACAACAACUACCACCAUCAUCUCGUCCAGACUCUUCAUAAUUCCGAUUCAAAGAUGGCAACAGUUUGGCAGAGGCGUCAAAGAUGUCGUGCCGUCUUGCACUUGAGCUGGCUAAUCCUGCUGAUCGCCCGGCCGUGCCUGGCCGCCGUGUCCGUCCAAACGACGUCGUCCGUCCUGGAGGAAGUCCUGGAACACGGGCCGCUGUUUGACGAAAUGGAAGACGAGGCCUGGUGGAGCGGCGUCGACGUCGUGGACACAGCCUUGCGGUCGUGGCCGGAACCCGGUCCAAUAUCCGAUCCGUCUGGAUUGCUGGCCGUCUCAACGAGUGCACCGAUGGAAGAGGAGGAUUUCUGCCGCUUCUGGCAGGGCCACGGCCGUCCUGAAUCAUCGGGGUCCUGGCUCCCAGCGGACGCCUGUUCAUUGAUGAACAGGGCGCUGGCCGUUGACCUUUCGGGCGGAUCCAGCUCCAUGUUGUUGCUGCCCCGAUUGCCUCCCCCGCCGCCCGUCCCGCCCACUCUGACUGAUCUGGUCAAGCAGCUCAAUCAGCUCAGUCAACUCCAACAGGAGCAGUCGCAGUCCCAGCAGCCGACCAACGUCGGCAACAAUGACAGUGAGUGCCUGCUCUGUCAAUGGGCCACGCUCAAUGGCACCAUCGAUCUUCUGCCCAAUUCAGAACUGAGCAGCGAAAAUACCUGGGUCCCGAUGCUCGUCGUUGUGGCACUUGUCUCCGCCAUGUUGGGCGCCGUCCUGAUGAUCACCGCCCUAAAAUGCCGCCGGUUCAAGGUUCUGCCACGCGGAGGAUCGUGCCCAACUCUUCCUGUUGGCUACAUGGUGGGCGAAGGUAAAGAGGGCGUUGUCCAGACCAGCACGACCGAACUGGCUGGAAUGGAGACGCUGCCGAAGAAUUACACGGUGCGACAGCCGGGCGAGUCGAACGGGACGAUGACGUCGACUCUGGGGCGUCCGAGAUUGGAGACGCCGACGAUGAACGUCAUGUCGGAUUUGGCCGGCCAGUCGCACCAACUGCAGCAUCUCCAGCAGCUCCAGCAACUGCAGAAGCAGAUGGCCGGAGUCAAUAAUAACAAGUCGCGGGCGGCCGAGACGGGCACCGGAUGGCGGGUGAAACUCUGGCGCAAGAUGACAGGAGGAUCGGCCGGGGAUUCCGCCUCGGAUUACUGCCAAGAUCCUUACAUGGCAGGUGUGGAUCACUCGGACGACAUUAGCGCCGUUUACGCCGAGUUGAACAGCGUGGCCGGGUCGACGGGAGUCCACCGGCCUUCGCCCAUUUACCACUUGAACACGUACUCGGAGAUCCGUGAGCCGCACCACAUGAUGAUGCCACCUCCGCCGACUCAUCCAUCGCAGCACCAGCAGCAGCAUCUGCAGCCGCAGGCCUCCUCUUCCCUGGCGGCCACCCUUCACCUGAGGCGUCUGCUGAGUGACGGGACCUACGAGAACGCCGGAUACGCGCUGGAGCGGGGCGUGGUCCUCAUGGAGCACUUGGACGCCGUCAGCAACAGCAACUGCAGCGCCUCGACGCCCAGCAGCGCCUACUACUCAGACCUGUCCAAUUCGGACCGGAGCGGCUCGCUGCACCACCAGCAGCAGCACCAGCUGCUGCAAUGGGCGACGGGAAGUGGGCAGGCUGGGCGAGGAGGCCGUCCGAGGGUCGGGAGCGAGAGUCACGGCUCGUCGCACAGUUUACCGCCUCACCAGCACUGCUGCCACCACCAGCACCACGUCCACCAGCACCACUGCCAUCACCAGCACUCGAGGAGUCUGCAGGAGCAGCAGAUGAUCCGGGCGAUCCCCCGCGAUCUGAUGCCCAUCGCCCUCCAGGUCAUUCCGGACAACCAGCAGACCGUGCCGGUUCUGCACUACCUGCCGGACGAGGUGGCCGCCGCCCACCACCACCACCUGCUGACGGCCACCUUCUCGCGCGGCGGAGUUUCUGCCUCGAUGAGAGACGACGGGUCGACGGGGUCGUGCAAGCGGCCGCUGCCGCCGCUGCCGUCGCGACAGCAGCAGCGACCUCAGCGUCGCUACGCCUACGCCGUCGAUCACCAGGCCAAUCAUUCGCCCGGCAACGAGUCGCCACCUCACGAUCCCGCCUCCGUCGGCGGAGGAGAAUCACCGGCGCUCUCUUGCGUCCCAUCUGAAUACGUGUAAAACAAAUUUGCUUGUAAAGAAGAAGAAAAAAAGAAGAAGAAAACAAUGUGAAAAAAACUCUUCCAGCUGUCUUGAAAGUCGAUGCUCCAGUAAAAAUUUGAAAAAUAAAUGAUGUAAUAAUCGACAGAUAAUUAUAUACAUCGUCCGCGUGUUUCCCCGUGCCAAAAGCCAACAAGCAAAAGAAAAAUAUUUUCAAAUGAUCAACAGCAAGUGAACAUAUCCAGCAGAACAUUAGAAUGAGCAUAAAAAAGAAAAAAGAAAAAAAAGUAUAUUGUGUGCAACCGUCUUCCGACAAAUGGGAUGGAAUCCUAGUCAUGAUUCGAUUCCGGUCCCUUAUUUUUCACCGAGGGUGGAUGCGUCGCUUUUGGUUAUCAUCAUAUCAUGUUCCAGUCGAAACGCUAUUUUGCAGAUGAACACAAAGUCCUGACCAGCUGGACGUCCCUUUUCUCUCUCUCACUCCGUGGCCCACGAAGUCCGACGAAGGGAAAAAAAUACGAAAAAAGAGAAAAGAAAAAUGAAGCAGCGGGUGGCACCAUGCCGGCGAAGAUGCUUUAACAUUUCUAUAUCUGGAUUUGGGUUUCUCUGUUUCGCCAAAACUCCACAGGCCUCUGCAAUCCUCAUCCUGGAAUAAAAUAGAAAAAAAGAUUGAAAGGAAAGAAUAAAAAAGACAAAAAAAUAUAUAUAUAUUUUUGUGCAUCUGAUGGAACCCAACAACAGCAAAAUAAAGGAGAUAAAACUGUCAGCGCUACAGUUGCGGAUGUAAUGUUCACUAUCACCAACAGCGCUGCUCACAUCAUAGCCAUCAUUGAAGAACAUUUAGAUAUAAAUGGCCUGUUAAUUUCUCCGUUUAUUCACUGUCAAUGUGUAUACAGAUGACGUCCUGCGUUUUGGAAUUCCCUUUGAGCAUUUCUUAAUUCUCCGUGUGUAAUAUGUAUAUGUACUGUAUGUAUUUCUCUCCCUCUCCCUUUCAGUCCUUUUUCAUCAAAACGUGUUGAAUUAUGUUCAUACUGUACAUAGAUAUCACAAAUAUCGGACGGCCAACAGGGGCGGAAAACCAGUUGGACGGCCAAGAAUAAACUAAUAUUCAUGAAUUCUUGAUUUAUCAAUGUUGUGUGCCGCCUGUGUGAUGGAGCUUGCCGCUACUAUAAAAUACAACCCUCUAACUAUAUUGGAAA